CACGUCCCUGUUUAUUCCACAAUUUAAGGAAUCAUUGAUUUUUUUACGAUAAACAAACACUCGACAAGUGCGGAAGUUUGCAUACUUCCUUCUAAAAUGAUAUUAUGUCGAUGAAUUAAAUUGAUUAAUUCAUUUUUAAUCCAUGAUACGAAUAAGACUGAGUAGAAUGAGUCGGUGUUUCGAGCCGGAUCUACGAAAUCAUUUCAUCUCAACUUGCGAAUAAAUGAGGCAACGCUGAAAAAUGGCCUUCAAACACCGUACAUCGUUUCCCUCAAAGUCGGUCUUGGCUUGUUUCAUUUUUCCCUUGGUCUUCCAAAGCAAGUUGAUGCUAUCCUCAGGACUUCUUACAGGAAAUGCUGGUCACGGAUGUCACCAAGACUUUGAACAAAGAAAAGCACACUGUAGCAACAAAGGCCUUGACUCAAUUCCUCAAAAUCUUGCCGAAGACAUCGAGGAACUUGAUUUGUCUGAAAACAACAUUACUGUUCUCGAGAAUAUUUCGUUUGAAAGAUACACUCGAAUUUCAACAUUGGAUCUUUCGGCUAACGAUAUCAGAGUGAUCGAACCGACUGCUUUCUGGCCUCUCAAGAAUUUGACGACCUUGUUGAUGAUCCUGAACAGCAACCUAGUGCUUCCAGAGACAGGCUUAUUCAGAUGGACAAAUGAAAUGACCUUCCUGGACUUGACAGGAUCGAACUUGAAGUCGAUUCCAAAUGACAUCCUUAAAUGGAACAAACACUUGGGACGGUUGGACUUGGGCUACAACCACCUCACUUUUAUCAACAUCAGUACUUGUGGUUCCUUAGAAUAUGCUGGGUUGUAUGAUAAUCACUUUGAAUAUAUCACGCGGGAAUCUUUCAUGUUCAGCUGUCAAACUGAUACCCUGGAUCUUACUGGAAACCCUAUCAAGUUAAUUGAUCCCGUUGCCGUAGCUGCGUUGCAUACCCGCUCACUUUUGAUUGGGAUCGCCCCCGAGAGCCAGUCAUGGACACCCGAAAUGCUGAUAAAUCUAACCAUAGGGAUAUCUCUUUCAACUACUAAUGAGCUUCACAUCCGUGAUGUUGGUUUGGAGUUCGUCCCUAAAGGUGUCUUUUCGUCAUUUCAACAAGUUUCAUUCAAUCUUCUCGACAUUUCCUACAACAAACUAAAUACCUUAUACCCGUUUGUAUUCUCAAAUCUUACUUUGCUUAGUAAACUUGUUAUCGAAAAUAACAAAUUAACGUCGAUUGAACCAUCUUUUUUUGACGGUAUGCAGGAGCUAAGAGUGCUAAGAUUAAACUUUAAUUCGAUACGAACUAUAAAUCCAAAUAACCAAACAUGGACAAUCAAUCUGGUGGAGUUGUAUUUAUCCACGAAUUCACUAACGGAGAUUUCUGAAUUCGCAUUCCUCGGUUUACAAAAUUUGACCAUAAUAGAUUUCCGAUGGAACUCACAACUUGCUGUUCUCCACAUGACAUCGUUUACGGGAGUAGAUAACAUUCAGGUUAUCGAUUUAUCUGACUGCAGCAUCACUCGUUUGGAGUUGUAUACUCCAGCUCUGGUGUCAUUUCGGAUGAAUAGGAACUCUCGCGGUAUCGUCCCUCUUAGUCCUUUAGAACCCGGUGAGUCCUUUGAAAAUGCCAAGAAUCUCGUUUGGUUGGAGAUACAAGACUCUGAAAUUUGGUCUUCAAAUCUGUGGCAUUCAUUCAGAGGUGUUUCUCUUUUCGGUGGUCUGUCUAACCUCACGACAUUGGAUAUGAGUAAUAAUCCUGACAUCGGCAAAUCAGACCUUGCACCUGGAACAUUCCUUCAGCUGUCUGCCUUACAGGAACUUGGUUUAAGCGGAUGUGGUAUCUCGAAUCUGAAUCCGCUUUUGUUUUCCGAUUUGGUAUCCCUUAAGAAGCUCGAUCUGUCAGGGAAUAACCUGAUGCAGAUUCGUUCCGGCUUAUUUGCGAAGUUGGAGCAGGUACAAAGCAUAAAACUUGAUGGCAACAUUCUGGCUCACCUUGAUGAAAAAGCGUUCUCGAACAACCCAAAUCUCGCGGCCCUUUCUCUGGCAAGAAACAAACUGACAGGUCUAAACGAGAGCACGUUCAAUUCAGUCUUUUCUACUCUGUCGGUGUUUGAUCUUUCUCAAAACCCGCUAGUUUGCACAUGCGAUCUAGAGUGGUUGCUUGAUUGGCUGAAUGGUACAGGAAACCUUACUCUUGUUAACAAGGAACAGACCAUAUGUGCGCCUCCAUCGCUCAUGUCUCUUCGUGAGAGACCUGUGCUUGAUUUCAAUGCUGCUGACAUAUGUCAACUCAACUACGCUAUCUUCAGUUCUAUUCCCAUCGUCAUCGCUUCUGUAAUUGCUAUCACCGUAUUUGUCUAUCACAAACGAUGGCAGCUGAAAUACAAACUCUUCCUUCUAAAACUUGCAAUCGUUGGUUAUAGGGAAAGACUGGAUGCUCGAGACCACAUGGAAUAUGAGUUCGACGUAAAUAUCAUCUUCUAUGAUGACGACGACGACGAGGGAUGGAUUCGCGAAAAUUUGAAACCAACUAUGGAAGAACAACUUCCACGGUUUCAAAGGAACGUCUUUGGUGACGCAGACCUUGUUCUUGGUAUGCAUUACUUGGAUGCUGUUGAUUACGUAGUGACCAGGAGUUACAAGACCAUCAUUAUUCUUAGUAGAGCCGCUGUUCGUGAUCGCUGGUUUAUGCUCAAGUUCCGUACGGCCAUGGAUCAUGUGAGUGAUACCCAGACUGAAUUCGUUGUCGUCGUCUUCUUAGAAGACAUCCCAGAUGAUGAAUUACCUUUUCUGGUGAGGCUGUACCUCAAUGACGGGAGACCCUACCUUCACUGGACACCUGACGUCAGAGGUCAAGAAUAUUUCUGGAAUGAAUUGGCAAAGAAUCUCACUAUCAAUCUUCUGACCAAUGACCUAAUACCAAACGAAUAGAAUUGUCUAUUUGGCAGAAUUUGGACGGAGCCGAUCGAGGUAUAACCGUAUCUUAAGAAAAACUGUCAGAGAUUUAAGCCUUCAAAACUAAGAACGGUGGAGAUCUACACCACAGUACUAUACCAUGUAUAUUGCUUUAUAUUAGAGUAUUUUCACACUAUCCUUUUUUAAACAUGGUUUACCCAUUUAAUACUUCAAAGAAAUGCAGGGACAGAUUCAUCACCUAUUAUUUUAUUCUGGUGUCGAAAUAAUCGUAGUCGUUGGUCUGGACAAAUCUUGUGCUGUUUUACUUUCUAAAUUGUUUGAUAAUAACUUGAUAACUUGUAUAACAUUAUUUUAAAUGUGUUUGUAUACAUGUGCGGAAAUGCGUCCCUUCUACUCAAAAUAGUAGGAGGGACACAAUAUCAAAUGUCCCCUAC